UGCUGCUCCCCGAGUCAACGGAAUCGCCAUAGUCAAAUGUUCUACUGUGCUCAGUGAUUGCCCACCCGGUGGGCCUUCGAUCUUGCGACUUCCGCCACUGCUGAGCUAUCCACUGAGCGGCGGCGAUGAAGGAGAUAGCCGGACCGACGGUGGGGAUGGUGAUGGCGGAGUGCGCCCAGGUGGGGCUGAUGAUCGUUAGCAAAGCCGCCAUGUCCAGGGGGAUGAGCAACCCCAUCUUCAUCUUCUACUCCAACGCCUUCGCCGCCCUCAUCCUCCUCCCCGCCUCCUUGCUCUACCACCGCCGGACCCAGCUCCCUCCCCUCUCCUUCUCCGUCGUCUCUCAGCUCUUCUUGCUCGGGCUUCUCGGUUGCUUAGCGCAGAUAUUUGGGUAUGCCGGGAUUAAUUACAGCUCCCCGACGCUUGGGACGGCCAUGCUCAACCUCGUCCCGGGUUUUACUUUCGUCCUCGCCAUCAUUUUCAGAAUGGAGAGACUUGAUUGGAGAAGAGCGAGUGCCUUGGCUAAAUCGGUUGGCACCUUUGUGUCAAUUGCUGGUGCAUUUGUAAUCACUUUCUACAAAGGUCCUGCACUCAUAGCAAGAUCCCCAUCUUUGAGUUUCAACAGUCAUCUUCUCCUGUCAGUGCAGCCGAACUGGGUCCUUGGAGGUUUGCUUCUUGCAGCUGAUUGUGUGAUGGGUUCAGCGUGGCUCAUUCUGCAGGUGGUAGUUCUGAAAAAGUACCCGGCAGAGCUGAUUGUGGUGUUCUUUUACUGCUUCUUUGUAGCCAUUCAAUCUGCAAUUAUAUCUUUGUGUGUGGAAGGAGUUUCAAGUGCCUGGAGCUUAAAAAGCAGGAUCUGGUUAAUUUCCGUUUUAUAUUCAGGCAUUUUCGGCUCUGCUUUUCAAGUUGGUGUCUGUACAUGGUGCCUGCACAGAACAGGCCCCGUCUUUGUUUCAAUGUUUAAGCCUGUGGGAAUUGCCAUUGCUGUUGUUGCCGGUGUAAUAUUCUUGGGAGAUACAUUUUAUCUUGGAAGUUUGCUAGGAUCAUGCAUAAUUGUUAUUGGCUUUUAUUCUGUGGUGUGGGGAAAGGCCAAUGAAGAGAAGGUUAGAAUUGACAGCCAGGUUGGAGUUGUGCAGCCAAACAGCCGAAAGGUCCCCCUUCUUGAAACCAUCUUUGAAGAGAUUUAGGAACUCUCUACCAGAAAAGGUCGGUCUUUGCCCAUAGAAAUCUUUAGCUGCCAUUCUAUAUAUCUGCAGAAAUUUGUAAAGAUAUUGAUACAAGACAAUAGUUAUUAGUAAAGGAUAAAUGCAGCUGUAAGAAAAAUAAAAAUACGAACGUGAGAAAUUCGGGGGAAGAGCUACUCUCCCAGCUUUUCCCGUCAUAGUUGGCACCUGUAAUCUGGCUGUAUAUAUCACUUCAGCAAUGUCCACUGUAUCAAGCAUAUAGGCUAUAGAAAUGCAAGCACUUCCUUUUUUCUUUAUGUAUAGCUUCGACUAUUCCUCAACCUUUUGUUCUUCUCUGCAACCCUGAGGAAUAAAGUUUUCCCAAUUUUAGCUAA